AUGUUUUGGGCGACACCGUUCCUGGUUCUUGCGACACUCUUGGGCGUUAACUACGGAAGCGUGCUUGCCUACGAUCCCGAGUACGCUCUUGACAAGACUGAACUAUCGGGAGAAUUCUCGAUUCGGGUUUUGAAGCCCGGUAUCGAUGGCAGUCGCAGCGUCGCGUCUGGUGACCGAGUGAAGGCUUUGCUGCGAACAUUUUCGCCGUCAGUUCCCAAGAACAUCACAGGAUUCGCGGAACAGAUUUUCGAGGCCGGGAAACACCCAGUCGUCCCGCUCAACAACGCUAUCGCUAAUAUGCGCCUCGAUGAGAUUAGGCGAGUAGGCAUCCCGUUCGGCGAUUUCGAUCGCUUAACUAACUCUACGGUUGGCAAGAUGGAGAUGGAUCUGCAUAGCCUUCAGCUGAAGGCAGUUUCCGAGAUGCUUCAGCUGUCUGGCGACGAUGACGCUGACGGCCAGCAGCUGAAGACAUGGAAGGUACUGAUCUACGAUGACGAGGCGCGCAAGCUUCUGUCACCUAUACUGAAAGGAGCCCAUACCGGGGGUGGACGCCGUAUACCUUGUCAGCCCUACUGA